AUGGCAAGCAAUAAUAGUAUAGAAGCAGCCAAAGUUCUUCUUUCACGGGAUGUAAAAAUCAAUGAAAAAAAUAAUUUCGGAAAAACACCUCUUUUUUAUGUAGCUGAAAAUAAUUGUAAAGAAACAGCUGAACUUCUUGUUUCUCAUGGUGCAAGUAUCAAUGAAAAAGAUCAACGUGGUAAAAUUGCUCUUCAUGACGCAGCAAUAAAUAAUAGCAAAGAAAUUGCCGAAUUACUUCUUGCUCAUGGUGCAAAAAUUAAUGAAAAAGAUGAAUUUAUUAAAACACCUCUUCUUUAUGCAGCAAAAAUGAUAAUAAUGAAACAGCCGAACUUCUUGUUUCACACAAUGCAAAAAUCAAUGAAAAAGAUAAUGAAGGAAAAACUGCUCUUCAUUAUGCAUCAUAUAACAAUAACAUAG